AUGGAAUUCGGGUGUUUUGUGCAAAUAGACCUUCCGGGCAGCCACGAAAAAAAGGAAGGGUUGGUGCACGUGUCGCAGAUCGCGUCGCGGCGGAUUAACAGCGCAAAGGACGCGGUGGAGAGGGAUCAAGAGGUGUGGGUGAAGGUGAUCAGCAUGUCCGGGCAGAAACUCUCUCUCAGCAUCCGUGACGUGGACCAGAAAACGGGCAAGGACCUCCUGCCCAUGAAAAAAAAACCAUCCGCGGGGGGGGAGGACGGGGACGGCGACGACCGCAGCAACCCAGCCGGCCCGGGCACGCGCGGAUUAUCCGGGAUCCGCAUCGUCGAAGAGGAUAACGCCACGGGGCGGCGUCCUGGCCGUCGGAUGUCGUCGCCCGAGCGAUGGGAGGCGCAGCAGUUAGUAGCCUCGGGGGUCCUAGACGUAACAGAUUACCCUCAGUACGACGAGGAAGGCGGGGGUUGCUACGCGUUCGGCAAGGCGCCCACGUUCGGGCAGCGGUCGAAACUUUCGAUGCAGGAGCAGCGGCAGAGCCUACCAAUCUACAAGCUGAAAAACGAGCUGAUCCAGGCUGUGAACGAGAACCAGGUGCUGGUGGUGAUUGGUGAAACAGGGUCGGGGAAAACGACGCAGAUGACGCAGUAUUUGGCGGAAGCGGGGUAUACGAGCAAGGGAAGGAUCGGGUGUACGCAGCCCAGACGUGUGGCGGCUAUGUCUGUUGCUAAGCGUGUAGCAGAGGAGUUUGGGUGCCGGCUGGGGGAAGAGGUGGGGUAUGCGAUCCGGUUUGAGGAUUGCACGAGUCCUGAGACGGUGAUCAAGUACAUGACUGAUGGCAUGCUUCUGAGGGAGAUUCUGGUAGAUGAGGAUUUAAGUUCUUAUUCGGUGAUCAUGUUGGACGAGGCGCACGAGAGGACGAUUCAUACGGACGUGCUGUUCGGGCUGUUGAAAGAUUUGCUGGGCAGGAGGAAGGAUAUGCGGCUGAUUGUUACGUCGGCGACUCUGGAUGCGGAGAAGUUCUCGAAUUACUUUUUUCAGUGCCCGAUUUUUACGAUCCCAGGCAGGACUUUCCCGGUGGAGAUUUUGUAUACCAAGGCGCCCGAGACGGAUUAUUUGGAUGCUGCCCUGAUUACAGUGAUGCAGAUUCACCUGACCGAACCGGAGGGCGACAUCCUUUUGUUUCUGACCGGGCAGGAGGAGAUCGACACGUCGUGCCAGAUCCUCUAUGAGCGAAUCAAAGGGCUCGGGCCGUCAGUCCCGGAGCUUAUCAUCCUGCCCGUGUACAGUUCCCUGCCCAGCGAAAUGCAGACCAGAAUUUUUGACCCUGCCCCGCCGGGCACCCGAAAAGUCGUUGUGGCCACUAACAUCGCAGAAGCAUCUCUCACCAUUGACGGAAUCUACUUCGUGGUUGAUCCGGGCUUCGCAAAGCAAAAAGUGUACAACCCGAAGCUGGGUCUCGACUCGCUCGUCAUCACGCCCAUCUCCCAAGCCUCAGCGCGGCAGAGGGCCGGCCGAGCCGGGCGCACAGGUCCGGGGAAGUGCUACCGGCUGUACACGGAAAGCGCGUACCGAAACGAAAUGCUGCCGACCACAGUGCCGGAAAUCCAGCGCACCAACCUGGGCAUGACAACUCUCACACUUAAAGCCAUGGGAAUCAACGACCUGCUCGCGUUUGACUUCAUGGACCCGCCGCCGCCCCAGGCUUUAAUCUCCGCCAUGGAACAACUGUAUAAUCUCGGAGCGCUGGACGAGGAAGGGUUGCUGACGAAACUCGGGCGGAAAAUGGCGGAGUUCCCGCUCGAGCCGCCACUGUCGAAAACGCUCAUUGCUAGUGUGGAUCUGGGGUGUUCUGAGGAGAUUCUGACGAUCAUUGCGAUGCUUCAGGCGCAGAAUAUCUUUUAUCGGCCGCGGGAGAAGCAGGCGCAGGCGGAUCAGAAGAAGGCCAAGUUUUUUCAACCCGAGGGGGACCAUCUGACGCUGCUGGCCGUGUACGAGGCGUGGAAGGCCAAGAACUUCUCGGGGCCGUGGUGUUAUGAAAACUUUGUGCAGAGCCGGUCGUUGAGGCGCGCUCAGGACGUGAGGAAACAGCUCCUCACCAUCAUGGACCGGUACAAGCUAGACGUCGUCUCUGCUGGGCGCAACUUCAUCAAGAUCCGCAAGGCGCUCUGCUCGGGCUUCUUCUUCCAUGCGGCGCGCAAAGAUCCCCAAGAGGGCUACCGCAGCAUAGUGGAGAACCAGCCGGUGUACAUCCACCCCUCCUCCGCGCUCUUCCAGCGCCAACCCGACUGGGUGAUCUACCACGAGCUGGUGAUGACGACCAAAGAGUACAUGAGGGAAUGCACGCUGAUCGACCCGCGCUGGCUGGUGGAGUUGGCGCCGAGGUUCUUCAGACAGGCGGACCCCACCAAGCUGAGCAAGCGCAAGCGGCAGGAGCGGAUUGAGCCGCUGUAUGACCGGUAUCACGAGCCCAACGCGUGGCGGCUGAGCAAGAGAAGGGCUUAA